GGAACACAAGCAUUUCGCUGCACCCGCAAUAACAUAUGCUAAAUAUGUGCAUGUGACCAAUAACAUUUGAUWUGAGUUAAGUUUGACAAACGCAGUAACUGUCAUUAGCCUAUCAAUAGCAAAAUGUAUUUUUUCAUGAAUAAUGACGUCUGAUAAAUAAAUAACCAUUAUGUUUAGUCUAUAAUCUUUCAGUGACCCACUAUUUCUUGUGCAUGUUAAAAAAAAAAAAUGUAAAAAAUGCUUACAUAAUUUUUAAAAAUCAUCUUGAUCAAGGUUUUGUUAGCUACUUUGGACAAAUAUAGACUCUUUGUAUUAUACGCCUCGACUCUAGAAAUAAGGAACUUUAUCCUAGUUAUAUGUAUCCAUGUCAUAAUCUCCAAGAAACGGACCUUUUCCAUUCAUCAUUAAUGUUCACUUACACAACCUCCUGUCCGUUACAAAACGAACCAUAUAACACACGAAAAAAAAACAACAACACACCAAUGGGGUCUCUCCCUUGAAGUCACGUGCCAUUACCAAACGCAGCRCAUUCACCYAGGUCACAGUAAAAUUAGGUUGACGGUUUAUGGGUGUUUAUUUAUUUAUUAUGGGUUGAUUAAUUUGAAGCCCAAUAUGCAUUUAGAAUUUCUCUCCAAUCGCGUGUAUCCUAAUUCGGGAGGUUAUACAAACUUUCAGUGUAGCAGGUUACAUAAAAAAGCAACCAGUGAUUGGACGAAGUCAAUUCUCGGUCUGUCUUUAUCGACCAAUUCAUUCAUUUUAUUUUAAUUGUUUUUUUUACACAUAGAUGGUAUAGACGUCACUAAUAUGGAUGUUCGUUUUGAAAACCACUUGGAUUAUUUUAUCCACGACAAUACUGCUGCUGCGGGGUUGUGUCCAGAAAUGCUGUCAGUUGCACGGGAAGCCUUCCGUGCUGGGGACUUCAACCUCCUUGCUGAGAUCUACAGCUCCCAGCUGGCGGACCUCCGACACCCGGACCGGAGCCUCUGCCUCCUGAAAGCGGACGCGCUCAGCCGGGCAGGGCGCAUAGCGGACGCUCUGGAAUCAUACUGCACCGCCGCCAAUUUGGACAGGUUACGACCAAACGAACUAGGGUCUCUCGUUGACUGUAUUGUGCACACUUUGCGCGUAAAAGAAUGCCUUAAAGAAUGCACAGACUCCGAUGGUGUUUCAGAGGAUGAGCGUUCGUUGGACCUGUUCUCAUGUCGGCUUUGCAAGUGCUUGUUAAUCGAGCCAACAACUUUGGAAUGCGGCCAUACAUUCUGCAAACCAUGCAUUGAGGAUGACGGUAUCAAAGAAUGUGAAUUAUGUCGUUACAAACUGAACGAAACAAGUAGAGAAUUAAAACCAAUCUGUUUUAAAGUGAAUAUAGUACUCAGUGGCCUGUUGGGUAAAUGGUUUUGCGCAGAGAGUGAAGCAAGAAGAUGCUGGCUUGAAGGGGAUAGAUUGUGGAACGAACGUGGCUUUAUCAACGCUCUUGAAAAAUACAACAACGCUCUUGAAAAAGCCCCUUCUAUGUGUAGGCUGCUGGGCCGACGGGCAGAGCUACACAUGGAGAUGAACAGCUUCAGACAGGCCCUACAGGAUGGAGACGCCAUGUGUCGACUGACGCCCCUCUCUCCCAAGGCUCACUACGUGAAGGCCCUGGCUCUGAACAAAGCCGGUUAUAAUGAAGAGGCCCUGCAAGAAUACUUCUACUGUCUGGCUUUGAAGCCAGACUGGACGUCAGUCAAGCUGGAAACGCAGAAGAUGCUCAGUGAGAUGUUCUCCGUGUUCAAGAAGGACGGUCUCCCCAUGUCAUCACUCCGCCACCACCAAACAGGCCCCGCCUCCCAGCUCAAACCGGCCUCCCUUCUCCUCGGCUCCCUCCAUUCCACCCCCCGUAGAUGGAGCCAAACCCCUAUUGGCCGUAGAGAAAGUUUGUCUGACACUGGGGCAGAGACCAAGUCCUCAUGUGAGGACUCCAAGACCCUGGCUUCUGUCGUGGCUGCCUUACCUCUCCCCCCUGGCCUAAAGAGGAAGUUCUCAGACGAGCCCCAAGGCUCUGCACCCCCCAACAAGCUCCCCAGAAAAGUCUUGUGUUCAGAUGAGUCAAGCUCAUCCCAGAUGCCUGCUGCUUGUUGCAGUGAGAGGAGAGAGGUGCCUCCUCAGCUCCUGGAUAGCACUGACAUGGACUGCUCUGUUUGUAUGAGGCUGUUCUACGAGCCAGUCACCACCCCCUGUGGACACACCUUCUGCAUGAAGUGUCUUGAGCGCUGUCUGGACCACAACCCCAACUGCCCCCUGUGUAAAGAGAACAUUACAGAGUACCUGGCCACUAGAGGGUACCAUAAGACCCUGCUGAUGGAGGAGGUGCUGCAGCGCUACCUGCCUGAGGAGCUGGCUGAGAGGAGCAAGGUGCACCAGGAAGAAAUGGCAGAGCUGUCAAACUUGACCCGGGAAGUGCCCAUCUUCAUCUGCACCAUGGCAUUUCCCACAAUCCCCUGCCCCCUGCAAGUCUUCGAGCCGUGUUAUAGGCUGAUGAUCCGACGCUCUAUGGAGACGGGAACCAAGCAGUUUGGAAUGUGCAUCGCUGACGACAUCAAAGGCUUCGCAGACUACGGCUGCAUGUUGGAGGUGAAAGACGUGAAGUUCCAACCAGACGGGCGCUCGGUGGUCGACACGGUCGGAGUGUCCCGCUUCAGAGUGCUGAGCCACGGCCACCGUGACGGCUACAACACAGCCAAGAUAGAGCACCUGGAGGACCAGAAGGUGGAUGGAGAGGAGCUCGUGGAGCUGCAGAAGCUGCAUGACUGUGUGUACGAGCAGGCCAGCACCUGGUUCACCUCCCUCAAAGACAACAUGAAGAACCAGAUCGUCUGCCACUUUGGACAGCUGCCCGAAAAAGACUGUGACCUACAGGGGAGUGCCAGUGGUCCUGCAUGGUGUUGGUGGCUGCUGGCUGUACUGCCCCUGGAGAAGAGAGCCCAGCUAAGCAUCCUGGCCAUGACCACCCUCCGAGAGCGCCUCAGCACCACCCGCCGGGUGCUCAGCCUCGUCACACGCAAACACCCGCCACCACGGCGACCAUCUUCAGCAGCAGCAUCAUCAUCCUCACUGUAGUGGCCCCCCUGGAGGUGAUCAGUUUAGAAUCAUCUGGGCCCAGUUAGAUAACUUUUGACAAUCUGGAUUUCGCCUAUUGGCUAGGAUUAAAUACAUAUGAAUAGAACAGGAGUCCCUGUUGAAGUCAGUUAUUUUUCUGUUCUAUUAAUUAUAUUUCUAUGCAUUUAAUCCUAUCCGAUAGACAAAACCAGAUAURUCAUUUUUGGAAAACUGGGCCCUGGAGAAGAAGGGAGAAACUCAAUUUUCCUCAGAAGCUCUAGCCUCAGAUAGUUUCAACAGUGGGAAUGAUUUACCAGUGUUGUUCAUGAUCUCAGGAAUGGGUUUCUAAUUGAGUCUUACAAAAAGGGUCGAUGGACUAGCCCUACCCAACCAAAACACAUAAAUGGGUGUCAGGUUCGCGCACAUAUCUUUGGGUAAAUUCCUUUAAGUCCAGUUUUGUCAUGUUUAUGUGUGGUACAUUAGGUUUAUCUUGUUUUAUUGUUGACCUGUGUACAAAUGAGGCCUUAAAUUAUUUCUGCAAUAUGUUUUUUUCUACUAUUCGCCAUGUGAAUCCAAUUUUCAUGUACAGAAAUGUAGCAUUUUUCUAUGGGACAUAAUUAAUAGAAUAAUGCACACCAUCCAUUACUGAAACAAUAUGUUCUCGUGUAUAUUGGUAAUCAUGGCAGCAGGGAGCGCUUGAUGCAAGCAAGAGAAAAAUWGCAGCACAACACAUUGUAGUAGCACCAAAGAUCCACAGGGUGGCAGCUCUUUUGUGGUGGACAGAUCCUCUCUGUCAUAAAAACAAUGGACAGUAGGACAUCACCCCUGUCAAUCAACAGCCUAGUUUUAGUUUAGUUAAAUUAAUCAAAGCUCGAUUUAAAUAUAGUAAGCCUAACUCAUGUCUUUAUAAGUGGCUUCAYAGCUAGUCAACCAUCUUGAUUAAUUAACCAAUAAACUUGCUCAAUUCCCCAGAUGCACAUCGGAAGUAAUGKUUUCAGCCUCUCCGUUGUUUUCCCAGMAACACUGCUGUAUUCUCCUKGUYUAGCCAGACUGGUCACAGGAGCUGAAGUUGGUUUUAAAAACAGUGUCUUUGUCCCGGGUUGAAGUCCCUUAAGGUAAUGUUCAUCAUUGGAUGCUGUACAGCAGGGGUGUCAAACUCAUUCCACAGAGGGCCAAGUGACAGCAGAUUUUUUUUGUUUUUUUCCCCUUUCAAUUAAGACCUACACAACCAGGUGAGGGGAGCUCCUUACUAAUUAGUGACCUUAAUUCAUCAAUCAAGUAUAAGGGUGGAGCAAAAAGCUGCAGGCACUCUGUGGAAUGAGUUUGACGUGCUGUACAGUAACAAUGAGGCCAAGUGGUGUUUCUUUCCACKGUGCUGUUGUGAGGCAUGCAUAGACACUCACCUUCAUAGUUAUCUACAUGAGUCUAUUCCAAAAUCACACAGUAGGUCUCUUUCCCCCCACAAACAGAGGUUGUCAAGAGGCCUGGGCAAAGGCACAAAAUAUGCCAUUUUGCAAAUUGUAAAGACAGGUGUACUCUGUGUGUGCACCACAUUAAAAUCUUCUGUGACUUAGCGUAUCUCUCACACACAGUCAGAUCUAGGAGAUGCAGUCAGGUGAGUAAUUUGGGUUACUAUGAAGUCAGAACCGGAAACGACACAUUUGUAGACAGUCACCUCCGUGCUCUGUCAUCACUGUGUUGGAAUGAUCUGGAUUCUCCCCCAAUUGAUUCAUUAGCCAAACCCUCUUGAUAAACACACGCCUUCAUUUUCCCAGACCAGUGGAGKCUGCUGAGGGGAGGACAGCGCAUAAUAAUGGCUGGAAGGGCACAAAUGGAAUGGUUUCAAACCAUAUGUUUGAGGUAUUUGAUACCGUUCCACUGAUUCCGUUCCAGCCAUUACCAUGAGCCUGUCCUCCCCAGUUAAGGUGCCACCAACCUGUGUCCCAGACACAUUUGYAGAAAUUGCUCACUACAUUUUUGGUAACAGGAAUGUGAAAAUUGCAAUUUAUUGCAUUCAAUUAAUCUUAACUAAUACCUUUUAAAUGUAUGAUUUUGAUACUUGUGUGUUAAUUUGGGCCAAAAUGUUUAUUAUUCAAACCAUUCCAUGUAGUUAUACAUUUACCAUAGACUUCAUCCUCCACAGUCAGUUGACUCGUCAAUUUGAGUGUGUUGGCCACGCCUACUAAUUGGCCAAACCUGAUCUUAAUUGGUUUGUGUCUUGAAAGGGGGUCUGUUUGAACAGUGUGAAAAUAAUGCUUUGCGGAGGUAGACAUGCUGUAUGCUCUGCAGGAAAGGUUUUUGUUGUGUUAAUUAGCAUGGUCUCUUGAACCAUCUGUUUUAUAGCCUAAUAAAUAUUUAUUGAAUUCUGA